AGAUGGGGUGUUGAUUCCUUCGGUCAAGAACUCUAUAUUCCAGAGGCAACAUCGUUAACUAAGCAUGGGACAAUUAUAAGAGCUUCAACAAUUCCUGAAGUCCCUACGGACUCCCUGGAAGCCUUAGACCGACCUCCAGAAGAUAUUUCAACAACUCCUGUCAGUGUCUUUUAA